AUGUCACUGAAACCGACUAAGAAACCAAGUAGUGAGUCUGCGAAAUUGAAGCGAGAUGAUAAGGAUAAGCCUACAUUCAAUAAGGAUGCAAGCCCCUUUUCCCCAUCAAUAUAUUCGCAGCCUUCAGAUCCUUCAGACUUGUCUUAUCAAGUACCACCACCACCACUUCAAGCUUCAAAACCACUUAUCAGGAAAUCAACUACCAAUGCAUCACCAACAAGCUCUUAUGUAUCCACUGCACCGUAUGAAGUUAUCUUAAACAAUAUCCCUAGUAGCUGUACCCAAAAUGAUCUCCAUCAAUUCAUAGAUUCUCGCAUUAAGGAAGAUCAAUUUCAUAUUAUAGAAUUCAACCAAGCCAGUAAUAAUAAGAAUGGUAACAAUAAUACGACCACUACAGCAGUAUUACAAAUCACUAAUUUAUUCACAUACCAUAAAAUCAUCACUAAUUUAUCCCAAGCUGAAAUAGAUGGAAACAUCAUUGAGGUGAAAUUGAAAGAACCCGACAAACCACGUUCGUCAUCACCAUCACUGGCACCAGUCCCACAAUUCAACCCUCAAUUUGUACCACAAGUACAACCCUUCCCUUAUGGGAGACAUGUUCCGUAUCCUCAUCGCAGCUCCUCAUCGUCAAUAUCUACUUCGCAAAGAAUAUCUUCAUCAAAUCGAACAUCAAUUGAUUCAAGACGUACAAGUUCAAAGACUAGUUACUCAACGCAAAGCUCAAUAUCCUCAAUGGGAACGAGUCAAAGAAGUUCAACUGCUUCGUCAAUAGGCAACGAUUUUCUGUUUCCCAAGAAACCGGUUCCUCCAUUUAUGAUGAGAAUGGCACAAAACCGAGACCGCAAUACUAGUUCUCCGGAAUCUAUUGUUUCUAACAAUGAAGAUUCUCAAAGUGAUACAAUUGUACAACUGGAAGGACCAGGACCAGGACCAGGGCUGGGACUGGAACCAAAACUAGAACAAAUAGAAGAAAUGGAUAAAGAUGAAGAUGUUCAAGACCAAUUAGAAGGAGAUGAAAAUGAAAAUGAAACCGAUGAUGAGUUUAUUUUUAUCCCUUCGGGUGAUGGUGAAAAUCCCGAGCAAUUAAUUAAAGUGAACCCCAAAAGAUUAUUCAUAGGUAAUGUUCCCUACAAUUCAACUUGGACAUCAUUAAAGAAUUUCCUAAUCGCAAAAUCCCUUGAGUUUGAACCAGAUAAUACUAUAUCUAUUCUUCGAGUCGAGAUUCCUACCCAGCAAAUUUUACGCCACGAUCCGUAUUUUUUGUAUCAACAGCAACAUAGAGGACAAAUGGUUGGAGGACCGGCUCUUAUAAACAAGAGUCGAGGGUUUGCAAUUGUUAGAACUGGCGAUAGGGAGUCAUCGGAGAAAUUGAUUGAAAUGUUUAAUAAUGUUGAAUUUGAAGGAAGAUCAUUAACUGUACGAUUUGAUAAAUAUCCCGAUUUUAAUAAUUAUACCGUUCAGCAAAUGUAUGGAGGAGGCAAUAACAGUAAUAACAGCAUUAAUAGUGGAGUUGGUGGAAUGUUUUCUAUGCCACCACAAUUUUCAAUGCAGCAGCAAUUCUAUUCUCAUUCGCCAACUUUGGAUAAAUCAAUUGCUCGCCAUCACAUGCCCCAGGCACCAUUACCUCUACCACAACCGUAUCAGCAACAACCACAACAACAGAGUCAUCAGCAACAACAACAACAACAACAACAACAGCAACAACAGCAACAACAACCUUCCAGUCCAUCUGUUCUCAGCAGUCUUGCAUUUGAAAAAAAUCUGUACCAACGCAACUUAUACUAUAGUUCCACAGGAACAGCAAUGCCGUCUGCACAGGCACCUCCUCCAGGAGUAGCUCCACUACUCCCACCACCAGGAACAAUCCACCCAUCAUAUGGCCCACCAAUGAUGUCACCAGGCGGUAUAGCUCAAUUCAUCUCAACUGGCGGAACAGGAUCACCAAGAUAUCAACAAUAUCAACAGCUCCAAGGGCUAUCAGUAAUGGGAUACCCCCAGCCAGAAGUAGCCUCCAGUGGAGUACAAAAUCCCCAAUUUUCACCAGGGUAUCUUUAUAUGCAACAACCUUAUUUUAAUCCACCAGGAGCAGGGCCAGCAUCAGCAACAGCUAUGUAUGUGCCGGUACAAUAUUACAAUUCGAGAUCAUUAUCGCAAUAUAAUAAUUACCAACAGCAGCAAUACCCUCAACAAACCCCACCCACAGUGCAUGCACCACCACCACCGCAACCGCCACCGCCACCACAAGCACGCACAAAACAAACCAACAGUCAACCUCCGAUUGCAAAAAGCUUGAGUACUUCUAAAGAAUCUACACCUGUGACAUCUCAAACUAAACAAAAACAACCAGAUACCACAAAUCCAGCAACAACGGCUACAUCAGACAAUCAAGAAACUACUAGCACAACUAGUGAGGAAGAAAAAGCAAGAGAAUUAAUGAACUCAAUUAAGGAUUUAUCAUUAGGAUAA